CUUUUGUGUCUAUUGUUCGUUGGUUUCUUCAACAAAGGAAUUGUUGCCUUGCAUAUACUGUAUAAUACAGUGCAGUAUAGAUCAGUAUAGACUGCGAUAACAACCAACAACCUCGACAGCGACAGCGACAGCAACAGCGACGGCGACCUUCCCCAGCUUCAUCCCCAGGCUGUCAGCACACUACCUCUACUUUCUACCCGUCCGCCAACCUUUACCCGUCAAAGGGCCCGCCGCCGCCGUUCGUGCCGUGCCUGAGCCGUGCCUGCGUUUCUCGCUACCAAGCCUGUCCUUGUUGUCUCCCUUGGUGUCUCUUCAGUCUCUCCUUGGUGUGUUCCACCACUGCAACAUCGGAGAAUACCAGAGACACUACGACUCGCCCGCCGAGUCAGCGAUCGAUACACUGUGGCACCACACACAGAUACACGAUCCACGAUACACAAACACGUCCACGGUGGAAAAAAUAUAUAUAAAAUUCAAAAUACAAACAAAAACGACUUCAAGAACGCGACAAUUCAUGCCAAUCUACAGCUGAAUCUACAGCGUCUCACUCCACAGCCACGGAUCUACACACGAAACAAAGCAUCAAUCGUCAAAAUCAACCCCCAAGAACGACCACCCGAACUAUACAACUCUACACCAAUACAAUCAGUCAACGAUCACUCAAAGACCCCAUUGAUCGCUGCCUCUCCUUCCUCUUUUCCUCCUCCUCCAAGCCCCCCAAAUCACCCCCAAAACUCCCUCCAAACCUUCCCCCAAUCAACCCCCAAUACUCCAUCCUGGAACCCAUCCUGCACGCUACUACUGCCACCGGCCUACACUCGACCAGUCGCACGCACGGGCGUUGCAUGCACGUCCACCGUCUGCACGGAUCCAGCCAACCAACUAAGUAAGGUACUGUCCACUACCCUACCACUAACAGCCACGCUACCACCACACUUGCGACCAAAACCUACGAGAGACCGACGAGGGAGGAGGGAGAGAGUCGCAUGGGGCUAUCCGGCAAUACCUGAACGAACUCCUUUCUCAGGGACCAACCGCCGCCUUAUCCAUUCCUCACCCGUCUCCUCCGCCUUCCCCCCCCACGACAAAAACACAACACGAUUGCGACUCGACGGAAGGGAAGAUAGACGACACUCUGCGAUUCUUUAGCAGAGACUUCAUUUCUGAGGAGAUACUGCGAGUUUAGUGCGAGAAUUGGGCCUCCAUUUUCACCGGGCCGUAUCGCAUAUCCACGUGCAUUAACGAGAACAGUUACAGGACGCCGAUCUAGGCCUUAAGAUCCCCCUUUAUACGCGUUUCGCGAGGUUCGACGCGGGACUUGCCCGGAUUGACUCCAACGACGAGCACGCUCGAAAACUGCGACUCGAAAGCCUCGCACGGAAACCCGACUCGAGCGGCUGGCGGGCUGGGCUCUGCAUAACCUAGCACCAAACCCGUCGCCCGGAACGAACAUAUACCACACACAUCUCUCCGGCUGAAGUGAGCCGAAUCCAAACAUACACAAUGGCGGCAUCCAUACCACGACCUUCGCGGCCGUCCUACGGGCCCCCGACAUCCGCCCUACCGGCAAUCCCAACAACGAAGACGAGAAAGAGCACUGGUGCCAUACCCACAUUCGCUGACUCGAACGACCUUACAAUACCUCUCCCCAAGACCGGACUCCGAUCGCCGUCAGGCGGCCCGCCCGAGACAGGUCUCACCUUGCCAAAGACACUGCCAAAACUGAGGACUCUCCCCGCCGGCACGAAUUCGCAGGGCAAAACGAUACGGAAGACGAUCAGCAUUAAUUCCUUCCCACAGCCGCCGCGGAGCACGCGCACAUCGAGUCUACCACCGAGCCCACUCUCUGCAGGCGCAGGAGCGGCGUCGAACCGAGACUCGACAGAGAGCAGCCCUCUGACACCACUCGGCGCAAAGCCGCUGCGGCGGAAACCGAAGACUUCGCUUGGACCUGGCACGCAACUGGCUUAUGCGGGCGGUUCCUCGCCCAGUCUACUCAACGGCAGCGGAACUACAAAAUCUAUAUCGAGCGGGCCAGGCGCAAGAGGAUCAGAUGGCCUUCUCAGCCUCCCUUCACCGCCACAGAGCAGGAGCUCUUCGGCGCAGGACACGGAGUCCACGGCGAGUACGUAUGAAGACGGCCUGGAUGCCGGGAGGGGCAGGCAGACCUCAGCGGAGCUGGCUAAUGGCGACUCGAAGUCGACAGAGGGGAAGGGGAAUGUCAUCGUGAGCGUACGUGUGCGCCCGGAUGCUGGUGGCGAUGCGCCGGGCGCAAGCAAGACUGAUGGGGAGUGGAUGGUGGAUGGGAGGCGCUCGCUCGUUGCCUACAAGGGGCCAGCGGGUGGUGACCAUUAUUAUGAUAAUGUAUUUGCGACACACGACACGAAUUCCCGCGUCUACGACGGCUCGGCCAAGCGAUUAGUACGACGAGUUAUGGAGGGAUACCAUGGAACGGUCUUCGCAUAUGGAAUGACGGGUACAGGAAAGACAUUCUCGAUGCAGGGCACGGCGACAAACCCUGGUGUCAUUCCUCUCGCCAUCACCGACAUAUUCUCCUACAUUCGCGAAACCCCUUCACGCGAGUUCCUCCUACGCGUCAGCUACCUCGAAAUCUACAAUGAGAAGAUCCACGAUCUGCUCAAUCCACCGCCAGCGAACGCUCUUGGCGCAAAUGCACCCGCCCAGGAGGAAAUCAAGCUCCGCGAGGACGCAAAGCGAGGCGUUUACGCCAGUCCCCUCAAGGAGGAGAUCGUGCAGAGCCCGACACAACUUCUUCGUGUUAUUGCCCGUGGUGACCACGCCAGACGGACAUCGAGCACGCAGUUCAACGCCCGCAGUUCCCGCAGUCACGCCGUCGUGCAGAUCGUCGUCGAGAGUCGCGAGCGACUUCCCGGCAACGGUGCUAUGUCGGAUAACAAGCGCUCUGGGCUCGUCCCCGGUGGUGUCAGAGUCUCAACUCUGAGUCUCAUCGAUCUUGCUGGUUCGGAACGUGCAGCUGAGACCAAGGAACGCCGCGAGGAAGGAUCGCAUAUCAACAAGAGUCUUCUCACUCUCGGAACGGUCAUCGCGAGGCUGUCAGGUGAUAAGGAUAAGGAGGGCAAGCCGAUGGACAAGAACGGCAAGCAUCUUCCUUAUCGUGACAGCAAGCUCACCCGCCUGUUGCAGGGCGCACUCUCGGGUGACUCCCUCGUCAGCAUCCUCUGCACCAUCCAGAUCGGCUCUGUUGGGUCCGCAGCGGCGGCGAACACGCACACCGGCGAGACACUGAAUACGCUCAAGUUCGCAUCUCGCGCAAAGAACAAUAUCGUCUCGCACGCCAAAAAGGCUGAGGAAGCUCUCGGCGCCGGCGGCGACGGCGGCGCCCGCGUGCUCCUCGAGCGAUACCGUCUCGAGAUUCAAGACCUACGCGGCCAACUCGAUGGACAAGCCAGGUCCAAAGACGACGAAGAAGAGAGCAAGCGCGAGAAGGAAGCCGAGCUCCGCCACGAAGAGCAGAUGCUCGAAAUGCAACUCGCGCGCACAGCACUCAAAGAGCGCAUCGAGCACCUCAACCGGCUGAUCAUCUCGAGUAAAUCCACAGGUGUGAAUUCCGGGUCCUUCUCCUCGAUGGGGAAUCAUCCCCGCUUAUCGACCAUGACGUCCAACACCAACCUCGCGUCGGCGCGCUCGUCGUAUGCCGCUUCGCUCGCGGCGGAUUCGAGGAAGUCCCUUGAACGCUCGCCGAGUAUGGCGAGUCAGUCUACGCUGGGGCAGCUGCCGGCGUCGGAUAAGGGGGGGACGGGGUCGAGUACCCCGCACCACCAUGAUGGGCAUGAUGAUGAGGAUAGUAUGGGGGAGUAUGGUGAUGGGACGGCGUCGCUUGCUGCGCAGAAUAGGGCGUUGCUGGCUGAUGUGGCGGAUAAGAACCGCUACAUCUCCACCCUCGAGAAGCGACUCCUGCAAGCUCGACGAUCCAGCCAUUCCCGCGCGAGUAUCGGCUUCAACGGCGGCAAGAGCGGUGCAGCUGCUGCGGCGGUGGCGGGGGGCGAGGACACCGGCGUCGCUGCGCUGUUGAGGGAUAAGGAUGCUGAGAUCUUGGAUCUGAGAGCUAGGCUUGAUGAUAAAGAUCAUAUGCUCACCGCGCUCCGCUCUGCAGCUCGAUCACGCGAUGCAGCAGAGCGAAGCGGCGAGACUACAGGACGUACGAGCGUGUUGACGGCGGAGAAUCUCGCUAGUGCUGCUGCGGCGCUGGGUAGGGGAGAGGUUGGGCUUGGUCUGGGGAUGGGGAUGGGGUCAGCGGGGAACCAUGUCAGUAUUGCCUCAGCGCCUACUGGUGCUCCCCUCCGGACGGGGGCGGUGACGGCGCCUGCUACCCCAGCGGCGGGGGCGGUGGUGGCAGACCCGAUGGCGGCGUCGAUGCCGACGAGUCCGGUGCUGACGAGUCCGACGAGGGGGAAGGGGAAGAGGAAGAGUGUGGAUGAGAUGAGUAGGAUGCUGGAUGAGAUGAUUCAGGAUCGGGUUGAGAGGGGGGAGAUUGUUAAGGGGGUUAGGGGGAGUGUGAGGCUUCCUGGGGUUGGGGGCGAGAGGAAGGAGGAUGGGGGUGUUGCUGUUGUUGCUUGAGCGGGUCUGUCUUGAAGGAGCUUGGUUCACGGGGCACGGGUUUUGAGAAUUCGAUGAGCGUCGUGUGUGGGGAUUUUUGUAUUUGUUAUGGGUGUGUUUUGUGUGGUUUCUCCCUUUCUUUUCUUUAUACCCCCCCGUUUCUUUCGCUUCAUUGUCCACACCCUUCUUUUUUUUCACACACUCGUUGGGGGUUUGUUAGAUAUAUUUUGUUUCGAUUUGGGAUAACUCGACGGACGAGGAAAUUUACAAGGAAAGGAAAGACUGGAAAGACGGGCACGGAAGAAAGUGUGGAUGGUGGCGGCGACGCCUGUGGAUGGGAUAGUACGAGAUGAAAUAGGAUAUGGAAGAAAGGAAGGAAAGAAGGGAAGGGGAGCGCGGCGUUAAGGGAUCAGGAGUCCGGAAGGAACCUGCAGCGAUCGGCUGGUGGGUGGCGUAUAUGUAUGAGUAUGUCGUACCAUGAGCGAUGAGAAAGACAGUCUGUAGUCGGUAAUAUGGGGGCGAAUACCCAAAUUCAAAUACCAAGAUUCACC